UGACACCCACGAGGAAGAAAUGCCGAAGUUCAGCGCCUGCUGUGAAAGAUAAACAUCAGAGGAAGUAGAGCUGCAGUUUACCUGUGCGGCAGGACGUCCUCGGUUCACGAUGGGCGUGCAUGGGCUGACGAGUUAUAUUGAAGGAAACCGUGAAAACUUGACCAACAUAAAGCUGAAAAACACCCGUCUGGUAAUCGAUGGCUGCAGCCUGUAUUUCCGCUUGUACUUCACGUCAGGCCUGGACCAGAUCCGGGGAGGAGACUACGACAUGUUUGCUAAAGUGGUGCAGGGGUUUUUCUCAGCGCUCUCUUCGUGCAGCGUGAGUCCCUUCGUGGUUUUAGACGGUGGAAUGGAUGAGACAGAUAAGAAGCUGAGAACUAUCUGCGAGAGAGCUCAGAGCAAGGUACAAGAAGCCCAUUCCCUGUCCCAGGGGUCCAACGGGAGCGUUCUGCCUCUGCUUACACGUGAUGUCUUCAGACAGGUCCUUGCCGAGCUCGGAGUGCCGUUGGUGCAGUGUGUCUCUGAAGCUGACUUUGAGAUCGCCUCGUUGGCGAAUCACUGGCAGUGUCCUGUCCUGUCCAACGACAGUGACUUCUACAUCUUUGAUUUGCCUGGUGGCUACCUGCCUAUGACCUCCUUCGAAUGGGAGAACGUCUGUGGUAAGGCGGCGGAGCGCUACAUCCCCGCACGGCGAUACACCGUUUCCCGAUUUUGCUCAAUUUUAAACAAUUUUAACAAGCAGCUGCUGCCGCUGUUCGCUGUCGUUGCUGGUAACGACUACACAGAUCCCAAAAUCACAGAGACGUUCUUCAGCCGGGUGGAAUUACCCAGAGUUCCGGGGCUAAGAGGAAGUAUAUCCAGUACCCGCAUUAAUGGCUUUUUUAUGUGGCUGUUGGCAUCGGACAGCCUUGAGGAAGCGCUGGAGGAUGUGCUGCACAUCCUGGGAGGCAGACAGACCGGCAAAUUCCGAAAUCAAAUCAUGGCAGGGAUGCAGGACUAUCAGCUUCCCCCUACCAGCGUCCUGGCCCAGUUCUUCUCCAGCGGUCGCCAUGGCAUGAAGGUUCCCGCAUCAUUGAUGGCGCAGCCACGGUGGCUCCUGAAGCAGAUCACGUCCGGCGCUUUGCCCCCUCUGGUGUUGGAUGUUCUGGUGUUGCGGAGAGUCUUUCUGAUGGCUCAGGUAGAGAACAGUCGUCUGCCGAGUAGUCACGAAGCCUCACUGAACAUCCGCAAGACGAUCUAUGGCCUGCUCUUGCUGAAGAACGGAGCGCAGGGUACCACAGGUCGUGGACAGAGGGGUAGAGGAAGAGGAGGUGUGAGGAGGGGCGGGUUGGCUGAACAGGCUCAGGGUUUGUGCACCCCCUGUUUUGUUGAGGAGUAUAGCAGGUUUCAGCUUAAUUUUAGGAGAGGCCUAGUGGAGGUUCAGCUGCCUGCGCAUCAUCCACCACUGAGCCUGGACACGUUGGACCAGGUGGCCGUACCUCUGAGACGCUCUGUGUUGUUGGGAACCCUGGGUGUGAUGGAGCAUGUGUUGCAGCCUGUAGAUCCACAUCUCCACCUGCCUGUGUGUGUCACACACUUUUGGAUGCGUUCGUCAACGCCGAUGCCCAGCCGCUUCCUGCUCCAGAGUGUGCUGCUAGGGUUAGUGUACGGCGAGCUCUGCAGACGCAAGGCAGUUCUUGGAGACCCGCUGCAUGCGUGCACUGCUACUGCCAUGGUGUGCCAGCGAUUAGACCAGCUGAGGGUCAGCUCCACUCAGAGGAGGGGUGUAAACCUGGGCGUGGCCCACUCUCUCAGUCAGUGGCAGUCUUGCAUGUGGUUUGGGGUUUACCUGAACCAGCUGUUGUGUUUCCCGCUCCCUGAACCUCAGUGUGCCUGGCUGUUCAGUGGAACUUUGCUGCAUGGACUGGAGGCUGCGCUGAGGACAGGACAUCACCAGGCCGAGUCUCUGCUGUCUGAUCUUCCCACUGCACUGCAGCUCUACUCCACCCUGACGGGGGCGGUACAGAGUUUUGUUCCACAGCACCAGGCCGCCCCACACACGGCACCAUUUACAGCAGCAGGGAGGGGCAAGCGGAGAGGGCGGUGGAGAAAGCAGCGGGGUAGUGGGGGUAGAGGCGGGCAGAACCGAGGGCGAGGUGGAGUGCCUGCUGCUGGCGGUUUGUGUAACAGGUUUGGGAUGCUGAGCUGUGAGGACGAGUCCGAUGAGGACUGAAUGAUUUCUUUUAAAAAGAGGUUUAAUGAAAAUACAGUUAAUAUUCAGGAUUUUACUUUUUGAUAUUUAAUAUACUCCAGUGUAUAUAAUGUAUUUAAAAGUACAGAAGUCACGUCUUUUAACUGUGUCUGUAUAAUUAUGACCCGUACAUUAUGUGCUCAUUAACACCAACUGAGACGUGUUUAAAGAACAGAACUGAUGGAGGGGGACAUGUUCACAGGCUGUAAUACAUCUUUAUACAAGACUUACUGUACAUCUCACACCGUAUAUGACCAAAAGCAGGUGGACAUCUAAUUAUCACACUCGUAUGAGCUUGUUGUAAAUCUGUGUGCAUUAACACAGAUUUAUCUCCCCGUGUGUGUUUGCUGUUCUAACGAGCUCUACUUUUCUCUUCUGUGAAGGCUGUACACUAGAUGUUUGAGUGUGUGUGUGUGUUUGUGUGUGUGUGGAUUUGUGUAUAUUCACACACUCUACAGGAGCGCUAGUGAGCUUACACUGCGUGUCUGUGAUGGAACUGUAAUGCGACAUCACGCAGAGACAUUCUGAAGAGCCUCGUAUGGAUGUGAGGGUCAGGGGUGCACAUGCUUUCAGCUGUGUUGUGUAGCAGAAAGCUUUGCGUAGAUGACACAAAGCCCUAAUGUCUAUAUUUUGAGCUGCCUGAAUCUGUUCCCUGUCAGUUUCAUGUUCUACACGUGUCUCUGUUUAUGUUUAUGAUCACGUGAUGUAUGUUUUAAGCACAAAGACAGAAGACAGGACGUGUGUCACCCUGAAGUGGAUCCAUGCCAUGAAAAUGAAGUUUUAAAAUAACACACAAGCAGACACACUGAGUCUGUCCUGACCGAGCUGUGUCACCCUGGUCAUGUGAUCAGACAGUUAACACUUUUAAAGAGCGGGUCCUUUAAACACAUCACGAACAUAAACGUUUCUAAAUGAAUUCAUUCCAGCGAUUUUAAUCUCAUUUCUCGAUUCUGUAUCAGAGGAACAGUUUACAUUCCUGCUUCUCCUUAACACUUUAUGAGGAGGCGCUGCCUUUGCUUUGCUUUUACAUAGCAGGUGCCUGUGUGUGUGUGUGUGUGUGUGUGUGUGUGUGUUUAUUAAAUAAACAAGAAUUUUUGCAGCUGCUUAAAUAAAACUGCCAAAGAAUCUUUAAUGUAAUUUUAUCAAGGCUUUAUAACAUGCAUGAAUUUUUUAUAUGGAGCUUUUUAUAUAUAUAUUUUUUAAAAUCUCUUUUUAAAACAGUUAUACAAUAUGAACCACUUUGCUCCUUAAUUUGAACUUUUCUGUUAAAUGCAGUCAGGCUAAUCAUUCCGGUUAUGUAACAGUCACUGUGAAAAAGAGGAUGUUUGAGAAUCAUGACACGACCUGUGUGGGUGUGUGUGUGUGUGUCACUGCAGGAUUUGUGUUUAACAGGACACCAGUGUGAGGCUUUGAGCUGCCAGUGGGAGUGUGUAUCAGUGCUCCUCUGUAUUUUGUCUAACCUGCCUAUGAGUUUACAGCUGGAUUUUAAUUCAUCUUACAAAUUAACUUAAUUUACACAUUAAAUAAUCGCUCAUAUCAUGCUUUUUUUUUUUACUUUUAUGUGAAUCAUGGACUUAAUAAAAACACUUGUUUUAAAAAAU